AUGUCGGAUUCAGCAGGAAGAGGCGGAAAUAUUGGCCUUUUCACUGCCAGUCUCCUUUUGUGCGGAGUUGCCCUGAACAAGGUGCCGUCCUUUGUUGGGCCUUGUGCCAGACAGCCUCGCCUGCGGCUUGUACGGCAUGCAGGGGAUGAUGAGGUUGCAGCCCUUCUUGCCCAAGCAAAGGCUCUUAGAGAGGAGGCGGAGCGGGAUGAGGCGGCCAUGAAGGCGGUGCGCUCCGCCCAGGAGGCGACCGAGGCCGCCGCGGCUGUGGAGGCCGCCGCUGCGGCGGCCGACGCCGCGGCGCUGAAGGAGGCCGCGGAGCGCGCGCAGCGGGCGGCCGCCGCGGCCAGCGACGGCGACGUCGUGGCUAAGGCCAGGGCCGAGUUGGCCGCGGCCAAGGCGAACCUGGAGAUGGCCAAACAGGAGGCUUCCGGCGCUCGCAAACAACCAGCUGCUACAGCUCCCAAGACUGAAGGCAGCAACCCAAGUGGCCGGCUCGAGGAUGUCAAGAUGAACUACUCGGGGAAGGUCAUGACACAGGCGGAAUGGGAGGAUCUCUCUGAGAAGUUCAAGGACAUGAACCUCAUCGAGCAAUUCCAGACCAAUUCCAAAGUAGGGCCACAGGGGCGACGAAAGUUGAAGGCACUCAGAGAAGGACAGACAGGCCGUGCAUUCAUCCUUCCUGGUGAGCGAGUGCGCUUGCUGAAGGAAGACAAUGCCUUCCGAGCGGCUUUCAAGCGCUUCCCGGGGCAGUCCUUGAAUGGCUACACUGCUGAGAAGUGGGCCAAGAGGGGCCAGGAGUGUAUCAUUGAAAAGACCUUCAACGACAAGACCAUCACCUGUGUCUUUGCUGACGGCAUCAGAUUGGACUUUCCGUGGGAAAUCGUCGAUGGCUAUGUGGAUGACUGA